CUCUAUGGCAAUGCAGUACGAUAGAAUAUAGUCUUUGAUUUUUCUAUUUAUAUACACUUAAUGCUGAAAUCGAAAUGUUGGUGUCAAGAGUUGGGUUGCUAUCAAAAUGUGUUAGGUUACUGAAUCGUCGUAAUCUUAACUUUAACAAUCAAUUAAAGAACAAUAGCCAUGCUUGGUCGUACCGCACAGCGGCCCCUCCGGCGCCCAUUCUGAACAUCCGAGUCGCCAACACGCUCGGCACCUUGAUGUGGUGGUGGGUGUUAUGGCACUUGUACCACCAGUACGACCACAUCAUAGGAGAAUUCGACUACCCCGAUAUUUCAGCGUGGACAGAUGAGGAGCUGGGUAUUCCUCCAGACGAUGAAGAGUAGCAUUGCCAACCGAGCUGCAGUCAAACUAUUUUUUUUUUUUUGUGUUCACAGAGUAUAUGUACGUGCUUCACAAAGGCUGAAUAAUGCAGCUGUAAAAUGUGUAGGGUUAUGUAUGUAUUAGAAGUUCAUUGAUAAGUUAUGUUGGGUGUAAAUAAAAGUUCACAAGUCUU